AUGGACGUUUCCGCCUACUAUGCCGCGGAGGACGUGCCGGAGACGAAGGACUACCUCAUGCAGCAGGUGAUGGUGAGGGUCAAGGACCCCGUGAAGAGCCUGGAUUUCUACACCAAGGUACUCGGCUUUCACCUGGUCAUGCAUCGCGAUUUCCCCCAGUGGGGCUUCUCCGUCUACUUCGUGGCCUACUGCAAGAAGGCCGAUAUCCCGGAGGGCGAGGAGGCGCAGUGGAAGUUCUGCAUGAACUGCCCAGCGUGCGUCGAGCUCACUUGGAAUCACGGCAGCGAGAAGGAGGAGGGCGACAAGCUGUACAACACAGGCAAUUCCGACGCUACGGGGACCAAGGACGGCGAGAAGAUCAAGGGCGGUUUCGGCCACCUCGGCAUCACCGUGCCGGACGUGUACGCGGCCUGCGAGCGCUUCAAGGCCCUCGGGGCCGAGUUCCACAAGUCCCCGAACAGCGGGGGCAUGAAGGGCCUGGCCUUCGUCAAGGACCCGGACGGCUACCUCAUCGAGGUGUUGCCGCAGGGGCCCAUGGUGUCCCAGGCAGUCGACUGCAACGGCGUCGCGGUGGACGGCGGAGAGGGCUACAAGGACAAUAGCAAGUAG